GACGAGGGAUUCUCCGGGAGCAGUCCCAGUCAGGGGGACAAACGGGCAGCGGUGGUGGUGUCCUCACGCUCGGAAUAUCGCCGCUGAUGAGCAGCAACAAACGACGGAAAGGAUUGAACGUAACGAACCCAAUUAUCAACGCCGAGUACGUGAUUGAGCUGGAGAAGAUCGGCCACACCGAGCCGGUGGAGUUCGCCUCGAUCAAGAACGGCGGAUACUUUUACACUCACCGGUCGUGUGCCAGCUGGUCGUUUGGCGUGGGCCUUGGCGCGGCCAUGGGGACGCUCAGCAACCUGGAGGUGGUCGUGGCGCAGGCCUUAAGCAAAAUGAGCUACUUUUGCUUGCGCCUAGGGGCGAGCCUAGUGUGCAAGAUGUUCUGUCUAAAAUUGUUCUACUACCCGUGCAUCGCCGCGGCCGGUGGCACUACCACGGAACGUGACGUCGAUUCCGAAGUACAGCUGGAAGUGCCGGUGCUAUCGGGUUUGUUUUGAUUGGGAUUCGCGGACGCCGGGAGGGGGUGCUUCGUCGCGAUGGUUACCAGCAGCGGGACAAGGGCUUUUCGUGUCCAAUUUGUCAUUGAGCUUACUGGGUGGCGGCCCACCGGGUUGGUUAAGUGCACUUGGUGUAACAAGUAUCGUCCAAGUGCCACCCCAUUUGUUGCCGAAAAAACUGACCCAGACACCAAUAUCCACGCCAAAGUCCACUCCAAAACCGAAGGAAAAGAUCACUACGUGGACGGAGUUUGCCUUAGCGAGCACAAUCUGCACCAAAUCAAAUCGCUGCAGGCCGAGUUGGCAAGCGGAAACCAAAGCUACAGCUGCAACCUCCCCCGGCAUUGGACAAGGACGACGGAAUUCUGGCCGCAAUCGAAUCAACCGUAGCCGGGAGCAACUUGGACAACUCGUUUGAUGAUGUCAAGCUGGAACCGCUGAUUACGAACGAGCAGGACGUGGCUGAACUUGGCAUCGGUGUUUUUUUUUUGUGCGUAGGCGUCCCGAGCGGACCAAAGACGACCAAAUCUGGGAAGAAUCUACGACCGUGGAGGUCAAACCGAAGAACAAGCCAAUCGGAAGGAACCAGAAGAAUAAGAAGAUACGUGCUUCCGCAAGCCACUGUUCCCGUGGUAUUCAGUUGCCAUCAGUAGACCUUCCAGUCUUGUCCGCCGCCUCUCUAAUAGCCUUCCAUCAAGACGUCCCUCAAAAGCCCAUUCAGAAGACUCAGAUCUGGCCGGCACGACCAAGUCGAGGAACCGGUUGACAACAACAAAAACAUCUCGUGUGUGCUACCACAGAGAACAGAUGUAUAUCAUUGAACAAACAGCAUUGAAAAACGUGUGUAAAAAUUCAAACCAAAAUACGUUGAAAAGAGCUAGGUUGUGCACCAUCCGCCUAGAUAGCGCCACUUCCAAAAUCAUGAUGGCCUACAGUAGCAGAACGUUGGACCAUCUAAUCACUGCAUAAAACAUUCCGUACGAACGACAUCAGACCAAUGUCUGACUGCCCUUCAUCAGAGGGUUGUAAUUUUACGCGCCAAAGAAGGUAAACAAAACGACAUCGGACAUAACAUGUGUAAAGGGACUAUUUUAAGUUGUCGCUUGAAACAUAAUUUGUGAAUGAAUUUUCUCUUAUGUUUUCGUUAAUGUUAAUGCAUUUUUGCAUUAUUUUUAGUCAACUGGAAUUAUACAGAAGUGUAUUUUAUAUUUAAACGAGAUUAACAUUUAUUUUCUUUCGAAAUUAUUGAGCCUUUUUAAUUGUUAAGUCAAGUAUUCUCAGCCACGACGGUGGCGCCGCCAAGCGUAUCCUGCACACUCUAAUUUCUUUGAUGCAAGAUUGUAUGCAACGCAUUUUUUUUAGUUUACACGGUUUACACACAAGUUAGAACCAAGAUGUACAUCUGUUCUCUGUGGUGCUACUUCGGAACUACUCGGCGGAGGUGCGGACAAUUACUGCCUAGCACCGGAUUCCUAACUCUUGAUUCUUGUCAUAGAGAUGACUAAAAAGCUGUGUGUUUAAUUUAAUAUAAAAAAUCAGAAAUUUUACUUAUCUUAUAUAAUAACAAAUAAAAAGCUGUUGUUUGUUUUUCAAUAUAAUAUUUUCUCUUUGGGAGGAAUAUUUGUAAAAAACAUACAAUUUCUGUUCUUGGUGAACCAAAAAUAAACUGACUCAAUCGUAAUUGAUUGAUUUAGUUUUAAUUUUGGUUUAACGGAAAAUAAAUUGUCUGUUUUGAUAAAUAUUCUCUGCUACUUUUUGGUUUGUGUCCUGGGGAUGGCUGAAUCCAUCUGGUGGCGAAAAGUGGUACUAGCGCUAGCCGUGAUGAUGUACGGUGGCGGCGCCAGUGGUGAAUAGUGCAAACAGUAAAAAGCUGCGUGUGAUGUCACGCACACAUUCAAAAGAGCUGUCAAAAUGUCAGAAAAACACGUUGAACAUCGGAUGGUCAACGCGCUUUGCGCAUCGAACGUUCAUGAUCGUUUAUGACCAUUCGAUGUUCAAAAUUUUGAUGCCAAU